AUGGGCCCCUCGUUGCGCUCUAGGAUUACCGUCUGCCUGGUCCUCACCUUGGCUCAGGUGAUCGCUGUGACCUGCCAAGAAGAUGCCAAGAACGUUUGUGAGGACGAGGUUUGUGAGGAGCUCGGUGGCUGUUUGGAGGCCGCGACUCCGGAGGGCGAGUGUUGCCCCGUUUGCUCCACGGCGGCACCCAGGAAUCGAACCGACGCAGAUGGCUGCACAGAAAACGGCACCACCUACUCCAACAAUCAGAUCUGGAGCCCCGAGCCUUGUCGGGUCUGUAUUUGUGAGUCGGGGACGGUGUUUUGUGAGGAGGUGGUCUGUGAAGAGCCGAGGGGCUGCGAGACAAGCGAGGCCCCAGAGGGCGAGUGUUGCCCCCAGUGCUCAGCACCACUCAGCCCUAACGUGGACAAUAACACCGAUUCCUGCACAGAGGCCGGCACAGUCCACUCCAACAAUGACAUAUGGAGGCCCGAGCCGUGUCGAGUCUGUAUUUGUGAAAUGGGGACGGUGUUUUGUGAGGACGUGGUUUGUGAGGAUGUAGGUGACUGCGCUGCCACAGAGAUCCCGGAGGGCGAAUGCUGCCCCGUGUGUUCGGCUGCAGAACUGCGGCCUGGCGCUGAUACCGAAGCUGACACCUGCACAGAAAAUGGAAAAGUCUACGGCAACAACGACAUGUGGAGCCCGGAGCCCUGCAAGGUGUGCGUGUGCGACUCGGGCACGCCGGUGUGCGAGGACGUGGUUUGCGAGGACCUCGGCGGGUGCCAGAAGACGGUGACGCCGGAGGGGGAGUGCUGCCCAGUUUGCCUGACUGCAGGUUCAACGCUGACGCCCAGCACGGACCCUGAAACAGGUCUGGAUGAGAAGAAAGGCGACGGCUGCACGGUGGACGGCGAGCUCUACCACCACAACGACAUCUGGAAACCCGAGCCGUGUCGCGUGUGCGUCUGCGACAACGGCGUGGCCAUCUGCGACGAGGUUCAGUGCGACACGUUGUCCAACUGCGAGAAGGUGGUGACGCCUGAGGGCGAGUGCUGCCCCGUGUGCGACACCUUCGCCAGCGCCGGCAGGAUGAUCGAAAUUAUGGGCUUCAAGGGACAGAAAGGAGAACCUGGUGAUAUUCCAUAUGUGGUGGGGCAUCCUGGACUUCCAGGACCUGCAGGUCCUCCAGGAGCUCAGGGAAACACUGGACCAAGAGGCUUCAAAGGCAGAAGAGGAUUCCAGGGACCUCCAGGGUUUGACGGAGAGCCUGGUGUUCCAGGAAACCCAGGAGAACCAGGACCGCCUGGAUACCCUGCUGCACCGGGGGGACACCUGGUGUCUCAGAUGGCGUCGGGUUUCAGUGAGAAGUCGGGUCUUGCUGGGAUGGUGACAGGAACCCGGGGCCCACCUGGUGGCCAGGGGAUCCCUGGAGAGGCCGGAGACACGGGGCCCAUGGGAGAGCCGGGUCAUCGAGGACCAGACGGACCGUCGGGAAAAGCAGGACCUGAUGGAGAAGCCGGACCUUCAGGUGCAACAGGAGAAACCGGAUUUCCAGGAUCAGCGGGUGCCAGAGGAUUCCCAGGACUCCCAGGUCAUCCAGGACUGAAAGGCCACAAAGGAACCGCUGGACUGGUUGGGUCAAGAGGUGAAUCUGGACCAGCAGGAAACAAGGGAGUUUCUGGUACUCCAGGCGGUAUGGGCGCCCCCGGACCCGUGGUGGGUAGAACUCACAGUCGCUGCAGAACCAGGAGUCCGACGCACAAAUACUGA